AUUGACAGCUGCUGGCAGCCAUGUUGCAAAAUGUGAAUUUGACCAAUUUCAUUCACUUUUGUCGCUUGCGAUAAGGUUGUGCUUGCAGACCUUAAAAUAAUUUGUCUCUAUUUGUAGUUCUUACAGUACAAAACGGUACAUUUACCAAAGUUAUAUUUAUGUAAACGAAUAUGAGGUGACCAAUGUAAAAACAAUUUAACUCUCUGCGUACUUAUACCAUGAUUAAUCUUUUAGGGCAAGGCUCUUGUGUGUUUAUGUAAAUUAGCAUGGAUAAGUGUAAAGUGACGUAUCGACCAUCUAUUGACUACAACGUGCGGGGCUCCAGACGUGCAGACGGCCACUAGCGGCGCAAGGGAACAGUGUUAAACCGCUCUCGUUUGCGGCUGAUGGAACAUUGUUAAAAAAAUAAUAAACAUGGCUCCUAAGCCUCCUCCGUUGGGGCCUCCGCCGCCGCCCGGGCCACCACCUCCUCCUAUGUUUGGAGGAGCUGCGAAAGGCGGAGCCCCGGAUAACAGAGGUGCUUUACUCAGUUCUAUAAGGCAAGGGACAAAAUUGAAGAAAACAGUGACUGUUGAUAAAAGUGGACCUUACAUACCGGGCAAAACACAAAGUUCGUCUAGCAGUUCGUCUUCAUCUGUUAAUAAUGAAGUGAAAAGUGGUGCACCAAUGCCCAAUGGCGGGGGAACCAUUGGGCCAGGUCUUGGUGGUCUCUUUGCCGGGGGAAUGCCAAAGCUCAGGCCCACAGGAAAGUUGUCAGGUUCAACUCUCAAUGGGCAAGUUAAAUCAGAUGCACCUCGAUCACCUUUACAAAUACCACAGAAGCAACAUUCGCAAGGAUCGUCACCGGAGAAGACGAGACCUGGCCAACCGUCUCCCUUGCCGGGAAACAAGUUGAGCGCCAUCUCAGCGGCGCUGAACGAGGUGAUGGCUGCCAGAGAGGCGCAGGAGUCCCCCAGGGAAUAUACGAGAGACAACCCUAGAGUGAGGCGACAGCCCAGCGAGGUGAAGACCAGGGGCCCGCCGCCGCAGCCGCCGGUACAGAAGCCCGCAAUGCCACUGAGUUCAUCAGACUCGGUAUUGACGACAGGGGUGGAUGGCGGAGACGGUGGUGCGCCUCCCCCGCUCACCUCCACGCUGCACCGCAACAAGAGCUCGUUGCAUGCAACCUCGCAAGCCUCGCUGGGUGGCAGUAUGACUUCGCUAACGUCAUCGCCGGCGCCGGGUCCGCCCGCCGCCUCCCUGUCGACGUCGGACCUGUCGGAGCGCGCGCGGCCCAGCCACGGCAAGCCGCACGUGGCGCCCAAGCCGCCCGCACCCUCGCCGCCGCCCAAGAAGCUCGUCACCAACGGCAAGCUGGCUGCGCGCGCGCAGAGCAUGCGGGUACCCAGGUCCCCGCCGGUGUCGCCACCGUCACCUCCUGGCCUGACGCGCCCCCCACACUACGUAGUAAGAUUGGGUACAUUUUGGGUGUUAGAAAUUCAAAAUUAUGAUAACGAUUACCAAUUAUUUAUAGUCUUUAAUACAUGCAACAUACAGAUAGGAGUAAUAAAAGUAUCUUUGUCUUUCAAAUAUUUGCUACGAAAAAAUAUUUUUGUCCAGCCCAAAAAACCAGUAAAUGUUAUGACGCUUCGUUCUGUUCAUUCUACUAGUGUAAUCAAAGCAGGCUUUACAUACACGUGUUUGAGGUUUGCCUUUCGGGUUGCGCAGAGCACGUCGAGCAUUUCAAGCGGUGCGAGUGGCGCGAGUGAGGCGGGCGCUCCGCCCCCUCCAGUGCGGGGCUCCUCGAUGCGCGCGGCGGAGCUGGAGGCGCGCUACGCAGACCUGUUCCGCCCCCCCGCGGCCUUCCCCCCGCCCCCGCCCUUCCUGCGCAUCGCCAAGGACUACAGCAGCGCCGCGCUCGCCGGUAAGUACGCCUGAUGCAUCGCAACACAAAUAUACCAACAUUUUUACCAGUAGCGUUUUUGUUAUUUUGCUACUUUGAAAGAUCAAAACCCCUACAAAGUCACAUUCGAAUGGCAACGCUACUUGAAAAGUUUAUUAAGGAACUAAUAUUAAAUUUUUUAAUGUUAACGUUUUGACUUUUGAUAUCUUUACGUCUUAAAAACCAAUAAACAACGGUUGCACGCAUCAAAUCAAAUCAUGACUCUUGUCACGUUCCGCCUGAACCGAGCGUGCAAGCGAGAACGCAUAACAAGAGACAGAGAGACAAGAUCGGUCUUGGAAUUCAAACUGUGAUUCAUCUAUCUCUCUUCAAUUAAAUUAAAUUCAGAAAAAUAUACAAUUUUUCAUCAAUGUCCUCUUGUGACAGAGAUUUUUUAGUAGCAAUAUCAAUUCGAAUGUGACUUUAUCCAUGUGAUUCUUGUUGUGUAACGAUGUCUUGGAUGUCGCUAUACAUUCAAGAUAUGUUUCGAGGAUUUUACAAAUGUUCGACUGACAAAUGACUGUAUUUAGUCUUAAUUGCUUUGUAUAGUUUUUUGGUUUUACUUGAUAAUAAGUGAAACGCACAAAAACGUCUUUAUAGUCAUACUGUAUACAAUUGAUUUAGCGUUAAUAUUGUACAUAUAGAAAGAUAAUUUUGCAAUGCAAUAUGUACAAGUCAUAAAUUAGACGUAGCGAAUAAGUUUAUGUUAAUUUUCUUAGUAUUUUAAUUGGAUUAUAUUAAGACCAAAUUAGUAUUGGAUUGUUUGUGAUUGUUUAGAGGGAGAGGUUGUUCUGUUGUCUGUGUGCAUGACUGCAUGCGUGUCGUCGUGACAGCCCGUAUUGGCAUAAUUAUAAAUGUGAUGAAACUUCUUUAAAUAUUAUUGAAU